CCCCUCCUUUGCGGCUCCUCGCUCUCUCGCUUGCCCGCCGUCUCCCGGCGUGCACUGCGCUUCCGGCCAGCGGCUCCUUCCGGUAGCAGCCCGGCGUAGAGGACGGUCGCCAGGAUGUUGGCUUCAAGAGCAUUCAGCCUCGUCGGGAAGAGAGCCCUUUCCACCUCCAUCUGCCUGAGAGCACAUGGACAUGCUGGUGUUGUCAAAGCAGAGGAUUUCAGCCUCCCGGCUUAUGUUGACCGUCGUGAUCUUCCCCUGCCUGAAGUGGCCUUUGUGAAGGACCUCUCUGCUCAGCAGAAGGCACUGAAAGAGAAGGAAAAGGCAUCUUGGACUGCUCUGUCUGUUGAUGAGAAAGUUGAAUUGUAUCGCAUCAAAUUUAACGAGACCUACGCGGAGAUGAACAAAGGAACAAACGAGUGGAAGACUGUCCUCGGGGGGGUGCUCUUCUUCCUGGGGUUAACUGGCCUCGUCCUCAUCUGGCAGAAACAUUUCAUGUAUGGCCCAAUCCCGCACACCUUCUCCGACGAGUGGCUGUCGGCGCAGACCAAGAGGAUGCUGGACAUGAGGAUUAAUCCUGUGGAGGGCAUCUCUUCCCAGUGGGAUUAUGAGAAGAAUGAAUGGAAGAAAUGAAGCAACUCAGUGGAACCUGCUCUGCUUGAAAAAUGAAAUGAUUCCAUCACCUGUGUGUGACCUCGUUGCUCAUGUACUGGAACAACCUCUCCAUCUACAUAGAUGCUAAUAAAUGUCUGGUUGACUUGAAGGGUUCCUUUUA